GUCAACUAUCAACGGCCGUGAUUGAGAGCGUUCUUCGACUACAAACAAUUGUCUCCUUAUGCUUUCAUAAGAAGUUGGGAGUUGUUGUCAAACUUGGACCUUAUAAACCAACACUGGAUUUACAUUUGAAGAAAAAGAAGUUAUUUUUAUGUCAGCGUAAAGUGGAAUACUUAUCAAAUCCUCACAAGGAAAUACUGAACGUCACAAGGAAUCGCAAGAAUGUUUCAUGAACUUGUCUCAAACGUCAGCAUAUGUUUUGUGUCCUUAUAAACUUACGCAUGCAACCUCUCGUUGCAUUGAGUAAGCAGAACAUGUCUCUUUUUCUUAGCAAACGCGUUUAAAGUUACUAAACCCCGGGAUUUGUGUUUCUCCUCUUGACUAGUAAAGUUCUGCAGCUAGUUUUGACUUAAAACUGAGGCUUACCUCAGUUUAAAAUCGUUUCGUCAGCGACCCACAAGAGUCAUGAAUGUGCCAAGGUGCUUUGGAGUUUGCGCUAUGAUGAGACUUUUAGCGCUGUUUAUACACGUUAUGUCAACCACAGCAAAGAGACACGUUGUAUACUGGAACUCUACAAAUACACGGUUAACAGGAGAUGAUUACUCUGUCCAGGUCAAUCUGAGUGAUUAUCUGGAUAUACUGUGUCCGCACUAUCCUGCCGACCACCCGUCAAGCGGUCCUGUGGAGACUCUGGCGCUCUACCUGGUGGCUGAGGCCCAGUUCAGGGGCUGCGUGGAGACUAAAGAGGCCAUUAAGAGAUGGGAGUGUAACCAGCCGUUCGCUCCCUACGGCCCUGUCAGAUUCUCUGAAAAGAUCCAGCGCUUCACACCCUUCUCCCUGGGCUUUGAAUUCCUGCCCGGACACCAUUACUACUAUAGCUCACUAUCCACAGACGACGGACCCCCCCUCCCAUGUAUGAAACUACGAGUCACUGUGUGUUGUCCACCGACAACAGCUGGAUCAUCAAGACGAGAAGCCACAGAGAGACCAUCACACAGCAGCAGUGCUGUCCAUCCGGUGACGGUCCGGCGACUUUCUCUCCUCCUCAUCUUCCUCUUGUUGCCUUAUUUUCUCUAACAUCUCUUCUGAAAACAUAAAACCUAAAAGCAAGUGCUCUGUUGUAUCAGAUAUUUCUCCAUCACCAGCUGCGUUACAGUAAAUGCUUGUUCUACUUCUGUGUGUUUUACACACACACAUAAACCCUCUCUCUCUCUUACUCGUACUCCUUUGCUCUGUCAUUUUUGUCACGCUAUUAAUCUCCAUCCUUCCAUUUCCUUUCUGGCAGUCUCUCUCUCUCUUUCCGUCCACUCUCAGUGGCUCCUUACUCCUGUCUGCUCUGAUAAAAGUUCACUCUGUAACAGAGCGACACUAAUCUACCUUCAAAGAGCUUAUCUUACUGUUCAUUUUCUUUUAAUCCAUCUGUCCUUAAGAGUCAGACAUUCCUUUACAAGCCCCUGCUCCCCCCUCUGUCCUACUGUACAACAAACUGAGCCAAAGACGAGGAGGAGGAUGAAGCUCCCGGUCCUGCUGUUUGUACUACUGAGUGAAAGAUCAGGGACAGAGUGACCAUUCGUACAUGUGAUCACUAACAUAUCCAAUGAUCAACAACUUUUUUUGUUUGAAAAAAGGAAAGCAUUCAAACCAAAGCCAGACCACAGCAUUUUAAAAUGAUUUUGCUGUAUUGCCUUAUGCAGCCUGGCGGGACUCUGGAAUUACCUGGAACAUCCUGGAAUUUUUUUGUGUCUUGAAUUUUUCAAAUUUAUUUGAAAUUUGGAAUUUGCGUGACCGAGUGACAGCCUGCGUGGACCACACAGGAAGAGGAAGAACUUCUUCCUGUUCAUAACUUGUGGGGAAUGUACAAUCAGUCAUUUAUUAGAGUGGACUUGAAUGGGUGUUUCUAAAAUAAAAGUUUAAAAGCAGUUUAAUAAGGCACUUAAUCAGGUUCAAACAUCAUCAUUUGUUUGUUGUCUCACAUAAUUAUUUGUGGAUAUGUGAAUUAAAUGUAACAAAAGUGUUCAUUUUGAGGGAAUGUGCAGAAUAUUUUUUUUAAAGAUCCAUAACCAUUAGCAAUCUGUUUUUUUUUGUUUGUUUGUUUGUUUGUUUGUUUUCAGUUAGUCUGAAAUAAUGCAUUGAUUAUAGAUAAAACUAUCCUUAGUGUGUUUGAAGUUCUUUUUAACCUUUCUUUUUUUUAAAGGGGAAUUUCUUAAGAUAUUUUAUUUUCUUUACUUUUAAUUUGAACAGUGAAUUAUUCAUAUUAUCAGGUCAGGAAAAGGAAAAACAAUAUUGUUUUGAUGCUUAUGUCUAAAUUACCAAUAUUGGUAUGUAAGAGAAUCAUUAGCCCAAAAUAAGAUGAUAAGAUAAUAAAAUAAGUAUUUUUCGUUGUAUUGUUUAAAAUUAAUAUUUUUAAUUUGUUUAAUUCAGUUCUAAUAGUGAAGUCAUUUUGUCCCCUAAGUUUUAUCAUUUUAACACACAUUCUGUUGUAAUGAUAAAUGGUUUUUGUUUCUCUAGUUUCUGGUUUUCUGUUAAUUUCAUAUUUUCAGAUGCAAAUAAUGUCUGCCAAAACUUUUUUUUUUUUUAAAUAUAGGUUUGUUUUAAUAUGUAGUAACGUUGUUUUAUUUGUAAUUCGAGUGUUUCACAUUUUUGUGAAGUGAUCAGGAUCUUCUGUGAAGAACUUUUGUCUUAGCCAUUUUUCUACGGCAAA